AGACAUCAAAAUCCAAUUGCUCAUCUAUAUUUAUAUAUACACAUACAUAUGAAAGCACAAAUUCAUAAGCAUACACACAGAUUCUUGUAUUGGACUCUCUUCAGAGUUCAGAAACGCAAAAAAAAAUAAAAAAGAAAGAUAAAGAGAUGGCGCCACCGCAUUUUCUACUGGUAACGUUUCCGGCACAAGGUCACGUGAACCCAUCUCUCCGUUUUGCUCGUCGGCUCAUCAAAACAACCGGCGCACGUGUCACUUUCGUCACUUGUUUCUCCUUCUUCCACCGGUCUAUGAUCCCAAACCACAAAAAGGUGGACAACCUCUCUUUCCUUACUUUCUCCGACGGUUUCGACGACGGAGGCAUUUCAACCUCAGACGACAGUCAAAAGCGGUCGGUGAAUCUCACGGUUAACGGUGAUAAGGCUCUAUCUGACUUUAUCGAAGCUAACCGGAACGGAGACUCUCCGGUAACUUGCUUGAUCUACACGAUUCUUCUCAAUUGGGCUCCAAAAGUAGCACGAAGAUAUCAACUUCCUUGUGCUCUUCUCUGGAUCCAACCCGCUUUGGUUUUCGACAUCUAUUACAACCACUUCAUGGGAAACAAGUCUGCUUUCGAGUUACCGAAUCUUUCUUCUCUGGAGAUCCGAGAUCUUCCUUCUUUCCUCACACCUUCCAACACAAACAAAGCAGCAUACGGAUCGUUUCAAGAAAUGAUGGAGUCUCUCAAAGAAGAAACCAACCCCAAAAUUCUCAUCAACACUUUCGAUUCGCUGGAGCCAGAGGCCUUAACGGCUUACCCUAACAUCGAAAUGGUAGCGGUUGGUCCUUUACUUCCCACGGAGGUUUUCUCAGGAAGCACCACCAAGUCAGUUAAAGAUCAAAGUAGUAGUAGUUAUACACUUUGGCUAGACUCGAAAACAGAGUCCUCUGUUAUUUAUGUUUCUUUUGGAACAAUGGUUGAGUUGUCCAAGAAACAGAAAGAGGAGCUGGCUAGAGCACUCAUUGAAGGGAAACGACCUUUUCUGUGGGUUAUAACUGAUAAACCCAACAGAGAAACGAAAGCAGAAGGUGAAGACGAGACAGAGGUUGAGAAGAUAGCUGCUUUCAGAGACGAGCUCGAAGAGGUUGGGAUGAUUGUAUCGUGGUGUUCGCAGAUAGAGGUUUUACGACACCGAUCCGUAGGUUGUUUUGUGACUCAUUGUGGUUGGAACUCUACGUUGGAGAGUUUGGUUCUUGGAGUUCCGGUGGUGGCAUUCCCGAUGUGGUCAGAUCAGCCGACGAACGCAAAGCUACUGGAGGAAUCAUGGAUGACAGGUGUGAGGGUAAGAGAGAACUCGGAAGGUUUGGUGGAGAGAGGAGAGAUAAAGAGGUGUUUGGAAGCAGUGAUGAAGGAGAAGUCGGUGGAGCUGAGGGAAAACGCAGAGAAAUGGAAGCGUUUGGCGACUGAAGCGGGUGGAGAAGGAGGGUCUUCGGAUAAGAACAUGGAAGCUUUUGUGGAGGAGAUUUGUGGAAACUCUGUUGUUCAAAAGUUAAGUUGUGUGAAGUGAAGCAGAGGAAGUUAAAGUAAAAGACAAGAGUUGGUGUCGAGAAGUGGCCAUAUAUAUGAAAGUGUUAUUUGCUAACACUUUGUAUAUAUCAAUUCAAUUAAACACAAAAUGUACUCCAUUAUUAAUCAUCUACAUUGACUUAUGCUCAAUUCAAAAACCUGUUUGAUCGAAUCCCCUUUUGAGACUCUCAUCAAGCAAGCGUUUUCGAUCGAUCGGAGUUUUGCUAUUUUGUACCUCUCCGUUCUUCUUCUUCCAAUUACUGUAGGUCUCAGCCGAACCCGUUUUGGGAUUGGGCCAUUUUUUAAUG